UGUGCUGAUGAAGCCGACUGCCACACAAAGCAAGUGUUUAUAUGAAGCCGGUGACAAAAGCUACCAUAAAUCACCUUAAUUUGGCGACCAGCAUCGGGAAAAAUGUCCGGUUUUAAACUGGGAAUUGUUCGCCUUGGAAGAGCUGCAGGAAAGACAAAAUAUGCAUUAUUAGAUGAAAGAGAUAUAUCAUUGGUUGAUAAUUAUGCAUUUGAGGCUAAAGUUGAAGUAAAUAAAGAUGGAGAUGGUGCCAAGAUUUAUGCCUUUGCGUAUGAUAUGCAGCGUGGUAGAGGUACAGGACAAUAUUUACAUGAUUUAUUAUGGGAAAGACACAGUGGAGGAGUCGCUCAUGGUUGGAAAGUUGUACAUCGUAACGGAGUAACAGUUGAUAAUCGUAUGGAAAAUUUAAUGUUAUUACAGGACAAAUGUUCUGUCCCCUCUAACGAAGAACCAUCUAAUAAAAAUCGUGAACAGAGUCUGUACUGGAUAGCAGUGCAACAAUUACAAGGAGAUCCUUUAGAAGAAGUCCAUAUGGGUUUAAAUCAAGCUAACCAACAUUUACCAGAACCUUUAUAUAAUCGAUACUAUAAUUCUAAUGGUGAGGUUUUACUUACGGAAGAAGACACAUGUGUUUAUUAUGAAUGUCAUUAUCCACCAUGUACCAAUAUGGAAAAGGAAAUCCGUGAAUUUAGUAUAUGUGGCAGAUGUCAAGAAGUUAGAUAUUGUGGCACAUAUUGUCAGCAAAGGGAUUGGCCAGUACAUAAACGAUACUGUCGGGAACGAAGACAUUUGUUAUACCGCGAACGUUCACCAGAGCGAUAAAAUUGCACCCAUUUCAUAGUCACCUGUUGUUUUUGCUCAUUUUAAAUGUGAUAGUUACUAUAUCCUCUCUUGUUCUAGUCCAACAGUUUUAAUAAUUUCUUUUGAUUUGUGAAUAAUCAAGGAGGGAGAUAAGCCUGUCUCAUCUUUAACAAAAAGCUUUAUCUGUCUUGCUUGUGUAUGUGAACUAAUCUGUGUGUAUUAACACCUGGAAAACUGGCCUACUAACAAACUACGAAAACUCUAUCGUUUAUCAUAGAUAGUGGUGAUUACAAGACUAUUAACAAUGCCCUAGUGUGAUAGCAUUGUGGCAAUCAUCAUGAAUCUGUAUUUAGAAGAUAAUAUGUGCAAUCGAACGAUUAUCCAUUAUGGUGGAUAUACCCAAUUUCUGUUUCAUUUUGAUGUGAUUUUGCGUCUAAAGUGUAUUGAUUUAGUCAAGAAUAGUGUCAAAGAACUUUUUAUAAUGUUGUUGUUUUUAGUUUUUUUAUUAUGUUAUUUACAAAGAAAUCCAUGACUGAACCUAGAUCGGUAGAAGUUGGGUUUGAAAUACUUUUAAAAUUUGACAAUUUAAAAGUUCAGAGAAGUGGAAACUUUGAAAUCUAGUGAAACCAAAAGGAUCUUAUAAUCUAGUGAAAUUGAAAUGUUUUGAAGUCUAGUUAUGGUUUAUUUAGUAUUUUUAAGGUGAACCUGUUCCUUUCAGUUUGUUUGUUUAUUAUUGUUAUUGUGGAGCAGUCUGAAAAUUAUGAUUGAAAUGUUUUUAUCUUGAUUUUUAUUUACUUUUCAAAUGGCAUCUGUGAAAAGUUGGUUAUAUUUAAGGGUUAAAUUUAAAAGUUUCAACUAAUUGUGAGAUAUACACUGAUACAAGAGUAAUCUCCCCUAUGAACUUUGGUUUUUAGUUGUAUUUAUGAUUCUACAUGUUUACAGAUACCGUUUCCAAGAUUAAUUUUCUAAUGCAGCUAAAUCUUUGGGUUGAUUAUACAAGGAAUUAUUUUGUUAACAUACAUCUUUUAUUUUCUGCAUAGUUUAUGCUAUUGGCUAAGCUUGUACUAAAAGUUUAGAUUUUGACGCAAAACCAGGCAUAUUUUUGCAGCAACUGUACAACUAACCUGUCAGAUCCAUCUCCAAAAAUAGUUUUAGAACACGACAGAUUAUAGUAUUAAAAAAAAUAUCCUGCAAACAUCCCAUCUGACCAUGUACGCAAACUGUGUUUGUUUUAUAACAGUACAUCAGUAUUUUUAUUAUUUAUUAAAACUACAUACUAAUGCAUUUAUUUAUUUAUUUGAUUACUAAUAUAUGUGUAUAAUUCCAUAGAUCUACUAAUAUUUAUCAAUUAUUGUAUAUUGUUAUUGUUACUAACCACUAGAAUGUGUUGUUCUUUCUAAUUGUUAUUGCGUAGUUCAUUUAGUCAUCAGUAUGAUUUUUAAUUUGUUAUUUUUCUAAUCAUUUAAUCUACCUGUGUAACAAAGUUGUUUUUGAAUUUAAUAAUUAGAACUCGCAGAGACAUAGCGAAAUUGUUUUCCUGAAAUACAAUAAGACGAACGUGAGGUAAAAAUCCCCUUUUGUACAAAAUAGCGAGAAUCAAAUAAUUUGGCCCAAGAUUAUACUUUUGAAACAACUGAAAUUUGGGACCAGGGCUCUUUCUAAAUACCAAACAGACUACUUCCAUGACAUAGCCAUUAUGGUAUUAUAAAUCAGUCUUGUUCUGGGUUUCUUUUAGUUAAUUACUACUCAAUGAUUGAGAAGAUAACCAUCCCUUGUUACAACUGAAAAAAUAUAUAUAACAGAAUAUCAGCUUAUUCACACUGGUGGCAAUUGUGGCCGGUCGUCUCAAAAUGGAUUUAGAGCCCUGUUUCACAAUAAAAUAAAAAUUGCCCAUUGUGUAAAUUGAACUUAAAAGUUAGUGUACUAGGUAUAAGUUUAGAGAAGUAUAAUUUUGAAUAAGUUUGUAAAUAACUUAUGUAACACCAUAUUCCUGAAGAAAUUGUUACAAGCAAUAUCAGCUCUUUAUCCAUUGAUACUUCCUCUGAGCAUUAUGGCUCAUUUAUCUAUUGAUUUACUCUAUGAUUAGUUGUCUUCCCCUUGGAACCAGGCACAUGUGCUCUGCUUGCUUUACUACUUUAUCUCAAGAUUUCCACUGAAUUUCACUUCUACAGCCCAUUUGAAAGGUUGAUGUAAUAAAAGUAUCAAGUAAAAACACCCGGGGAAGUAUCAGCUAUUCUAAUUAUUGGGCAAGAUAGACCAAUGAAAAUGAUUGCCCAUAACUUUUAACAUUGCUUUAAGAAUUUGUUGUAACACAUGAUUGAUGUUUUAUAUAAUAAAUUAUAAUAAUAAUGCAUAUGUGGGACAUGAAUUUUAAUUCAAGAUGAGAAAAGCUGUUCAUUUAGAUUAACAAGGGAAUCCUUAGUAUUUGUAUAUUGAUGUUUUGUUUCAUAAACAGUGCUUUAAGUUUAUUUGAAUUUUACCUUAAUAAAUUCUAGUCCACAUUCCAUAUAAAUGCAUGUUAAUUAUGUUAAUAUUAUUCCAUGUUUAAGGCCAAAAGUAAUAAUAACAAUGUAUUGUGUAUUUUUAUAGCCAUACCCUUAUUUUCUAACUUUUAAAUAUAUAAAGAGUAACUUCAUGAAAACAAUGAAUGUGUAAUAUCAUAAACCAAUUUUCUGCAAGCUUAGAGGAUAAAUAAAAGGACUAUGAGCUCUUGUUAAAAUCUGAACUCUUGGUCUCCUUAGAGAACUCUGCAACCCCCUUCCCCUUUUAGUUCCCCGUUAGUAUAUGUUUAAACCUAUGCAAUAACAUGUUUAUCAUUAUAAAAUAAUAUAUUACAAAUAAUUUGUGCAUAUUCAUAUUAGUUUUAAAAUACUAGAUUAGCAAGAUAAAACUGCAGGGUUUUUGGCACCAUUUACAACAUGGACGAAUAGGGGUUAACAAAACUGUAUUUUAUGGAUGUGUUUUUACAACAUGUAUGUCAUUUUAUGAUGAUAAACAUUUUCUUGAAAUGGUUUAAAAAUAUGCCAUUUGAAAACCCCAAAAGAAGGGGAUGCAAAAGUGAACGAAACAAUUUAUGAAAUUUUAACUGACAAUUUUUGACAGAUUUCAAUGAUUUUAGGCACAACAAAAAAAAUGUUUUAUUCUGAAAGUUAUUUUUUCUUGUCAGUGUUGAGAAAAUAUUGUGUUUUGUUUGUUUUUCUUGUUUUCAAUAUUUACAUUUACAAUAAAGAAAAAGCUGUAUAUUUGAAAUAUUCAUAUAUGAUAACCAAAUUUUGAAUUCCAGAAACAUUCCAGUGUUGUAUAUUUGUGUUGUACAAUGAAAUAGUAGAAUUUUUGUGCUAUUGUUUUUUUUAUAUUUUAUCUCUAAAUCAGUUUGCAUAGAUAAUAUUGUGACACCCCUCCCUAAAUAUCUGAAUGAAUAUAAAUUAAAAGUUCAUCUAUUCAACACAGACAUUGUAUAUAUUCAAUUAUCAUUUCAUACAUAAUUUAAUAGGUUCUAUUUAUUUGAAUAAAUAAUUUAUAUAUAAUACUCAUUUAUG